AUGGCGCUCUCGCUGGCGCAGCAGGUGCUCGUGUCGGCCGUGCUCGUGCUCUGCGUGCUCGUCGUGGUGCCCAGGAUGCUGGGGGCCGGCAGGGCGGUGCGGGGCGGCCAGGCUGGGCCCCGCCAGCCGCGCGGAGGUAGUCCUCAAACAAUUCAUCCAGCUCACCUGAGUCCAGGGAAUUCUGAAGGCAAAAGUUACCAGAGUAUUCAGCAAAUGAGAAAUGCAAUGGAAAAAGAGAUGAAGAGUGAAAGAAGAAGAGGAAAUGGAAGAGACUUUGCCUUAACUUUGAUGCCACUGUAUGCUCUUGGUGUGGGGGUGUUUGCAGUAUACAAAUUUCUUAAGAUGAAAUCACAGGAAGAAAGUCUGUCUAAGAAGGAAAAAAAUACAGAAGACAAAGCAAAGGAAACAGAGCAUCAGCUUUUAGAAUUGGAGCAGCAUCUAGCACAGACAGAGAAAAUGUUGAAUUCUUUAUUGACUCAGUUGGAUCCACUGUCAAACUGUGUUAAUGCUUUAGCUUGUGAGCAGAAAGAUGAAAUAAUGACACAACUCCAAUCAAUUAGACGACUGAUGAAAGAAAGUGGAUUGGAUAAAUCAGAAAACAAGAUGAAAGAUGUCAGCCACAUUUGUAAUGAGAAACUUGAAGACCUCAUUCAGUCAUUUGCCGAACAUUCUCCAGAGAAAGAAAUAGAUGACCAAGAAGAUAAGAGUAAUGAAGAUUUGCUUGAGGAUAUUGAUAAUGAUUACAAAAUAGAAGAGGAUCAAUUAUGUGAAGAAUGUGAUGUAAAUCAAGUGUUUGAGCCAGAUGUGGUAGAAGAACAAGAAAUGAUAAACGAAGAUGUAUUUAAACCAGAAGAGAAGAUAGGCCUGAGGAGACGGAAUAGAUGUGAAUGAAAUAUGUAAAACAUUAAAAAGCAUAUGUUAUUUUCACAAUAUUGUAUGCACUUUAAGUGGUUUUGAACCAAGUUACAUGCACUGCUAUAUGCUUUAAAAAGAGGAUGAAAUAUUGUCUGUGUGAAUAUCUUAGCAGUUUUGUAACUGGCUUCAAUGGCAGUGGAAGUUCACCUGAGAUGUUUACAUACUUUUUCUAUUUAUUUUUUCCUAUAGAAGAUAUUUCUGUACUCUCUGUAUAUAAUGGAUUGUAACUAUACCUGAAGCUUCAGUAAAAUGUUGGGGUCUCUUAUAAUUAAAAUAGAUGUUCCAAAGAUGUUUUUUUAGCUGAUAAGUUUAUUGUAUCCUUCAACUGUGAGUUUCUUGAGUUCAUUAGAGUACUUGUUCUGGUGAGCUGAGCUCUUCAUAGAAAACUUGAAGUGAGAAAUGAGAAACAGUAUGGAGUUAAAUCUCAGAGAUGUUUUCAUAGACAGAUGAGAGAAAUGUAACCAGAGAUAUUACUUCAAAAUAAUUCCAUCUGUUUGCUAAGACAGCUUUGUUUCAAAACAGACCCUGUAAGUUCACUGCAAUUGUUGCCUGAGGAUUGGUAUGUAGUUUUGAAUGCUGUGUUCAAGCUUAAUACCAUAGGUUGGCUCACUU